CGAGUAUUUUGCAGCCCCAUCACUUUGUUGGUUUUUUGUUUUAUUCGCUUUUUUUGUGUUGCACCAUUGUUUAUUUCAAGCGAAAUGUCGACAUUAAAUCGCCCCAAAUCACCACACACGCCCACCACUAUUAAAAAGGGCGAAAAGGAGGAUAGCUUCUGGGAUAAAUUCAGCACACUCGGUCGCAAACGCGGCACUCGAGAAGUCAAGAAAGUCCAGGAGGAAGGUAAAUACGCCAUCGACUCGCCCGGUUCUCCCAAUCAGUAUGAUAUCCCACCCGAAGAUUAUGCGCUGCGCGAGCAUGAACAACGCGCUGUUAUCGACCCACAAUCGAUAAUUGAUCCCGAGGUGCUAAAACUGCAAAAGAUUCUUAUUGAUUGGAUCAACGAUGAGCUGGCAGAGCAGCGCAUUAUCGUCCAACAGCUGGACGAAGACAUGUACGAUGGCCAAGUGCUGCACAAACUGUGGGAGAAAUUGACAGGCAAGAAGCUGGACGUACCCGAGGUGACUCAAUCGGAGCAGGGACAGCACGAGAAGCUCAACAUUGUCCUGAAGGCCGUCAAUCAUACACUCGGUUUUCAUCAGAAGAUACCCAAAUGGUCGGUGGCCAGCGUCCACUCCAAGAACAUUGUGGCUAUCCUGCAUUUACUGGUCGCUCUAGUGCGACACUUCCGAGCGCCCGUCCGUCUACCUGAGAAUGUUUUUGUCACUGUUGUAAUCGCCGAGAAGAAUGCCGGUGUCCUUAAUGCACAAAAAUUCCUGGAGCAAAUCACAUCGGAAUACGAUGAUCUGGGCAUGCGUUGUGAGAAGGAUGCGUUUGAUACGCUGAUUGAUUGCGCACCCGACAAAUUGGCCGUUGUUAAGAAGUCACUCAUCACGUUCGUCAAUAAGCAUUUGGCUAAGCUGAACUUCGAGAUCAAUGAUUUGAAUAAGGACUUUCGGGAUGGCGUCUAUCUGUGCCUGUUGAUGGGACUGCUUGGCGGUUUCUUUGUGCCGUUGCAUGAGUUCCAUUUAACGCCGCAGGACGUCGAUCAGAUGGUGAACAAUGUGGCGUUCGCCUUUGAUUUGAUGCAGGAUGUGGGACUGCCAAAGCCAAAGGCACGGCCCGAGGACAUUGUCAACAUGGAUCUGAAGUCAACGUUGCGUGUUCUUUACAGUCUGUUCACCAUGUUCAGGGAUUAUGCCUGAGCAGAUGACCAAUUUAACCAUAUAUACAUUUUUUUUUUAAAUUUGUUAUAAAAAUAAUAAUUUAUGGAAAAACAGUUCAACGAAUGUCCUGCUAACUCUCUCUAUAUGUCUUUUUCGACAUAUUUUAUGUGUGUGCCUAAUACCGUUGUUGCCUUGAAAACAAACAAACAAAAAAGCUAAAGCUAACCCAAAGCCCAAUUGUUAACUUGGUACGAUUGCCGUAGUUGUUACUAAAUGAAUUUAUAUAUACAUUUGUAUUAAUAAAAACAACAAAAUGCCAGAUCAAA